CUCCCAACAGAUCUGUCGUAACGGAGAGCACUUGUAGUUCCUGCCACUUUCCAUUUAUGGGAAGCCUGGUCAUUUCAAGUCGCUGCAUUUCCUGCAUACACUAUCUAAACAGUAACAAGUGCGUUUCCACAUUUCCUGGUGGCUGCACAUUGAUUUCUGCCCGGAAUGCGGCGUUCAAAGUCUGGCUAAACGACGGAUGGGAAGGAAGAGCGUAGCUUUGGGGUCUCGCUUCCCGCGCUAGCUCUACCUGGUGGCGUGCGCCGUUGCUUCUCAGCAUGGCGUUCACGAUUCGGUUUAGAGCACCGGCUUCUCUGCUUAGGGACGCGAAUGGUAGCAGCAGCGACGACAUUCCUCUCGCCAGCGGCAACAAUAGCAGCAUUACCAGCAGCAGCGGCAACAUUAGUAGCGGUAGCACCACUUCCAGCAGCACGCCUCGUUCUGUCAACGAGCAAACAACGGCUACGAUAACGCAGCCAGCAGCCUCCCUCGUGGACUAUCACAUAGCCGUUGAUCCGCAGGAGCCGCUCCAAUCGGCGUUCGACAGGCUGUUCCAGUCCCACUUGCCGCACUGCUGCCUGCCAGGUCAGCAGACACGUCAGCAGCAGGAUGACGUGGCGAAUGCCGGCGACCAGAAGGGACGGGCGGGGAAAAGCAUGGAUGAGCAGAAGCAGCCUGUGCGGUUUAUCGCUGUCGGACAAGUGGUGUACCUAUCCCCGGACUUAUCCGCUGAGAAGGCCAAGCUUAAAUCGGGUACAGUGGUCAAAGUGCUUCCCAUGAAAUUGAGAGAGGCGAAAGGAGGGGAUGGAGAGGACGCAGGGGGUAGCAAAAGCGGCGUCCCAAGCGAUACUCUUGUCUCUGAUACUGUUCGUGUUUCGGUCAACCCGGAUCCCGUGCCACCUUCCCCUACUGCUGUCUCUGACCCGCCUGUCUCCGCGCCUGCAUCUGCUCCUGCCUCUGCGCCUGCCUCUGCGCCUGCCUCUGCGCCUGCCUCUGCGCCUGCCUCUGCGCCUGCCUGUGCGCCUGCCUGUGAACCUGCCUGUGCGCCUGCCUCUGUGCCUGAAUCUGCGCCUGUCUCCGCGCCUUCCGCUGCACCUGCCUCCGCGCCUGCCGCUGCGUCUUCCUCUCUCUCUGCGCCUACCACCAGCGGCGGCAACACCACCACCACCGCCAGCACCAGCAGGUGCGUCAGCAGCAGCAGGCGUCUCAACCGGCCCGGCAUCACGAGCUCGUUGGACUACGAGCCCAUCUCCCGGCCGCACAUGGUGCACUACACCGACGUGAGCCUCCCCUGGAACCACGCCCUCUGCGCCUGCUGCCUCACGCGCAUCCUCCACCCCUCCGCUCCCGCCACCUACCAACCCACCACCUACCAGACCGCCACCCCCAACGCCCUCCGCCUGCACCUUCAGCAGCCCAUCUGCGACAGCAUCACGCCGUACCAGUUCAACAACCGGCCGUCCCAAGCCGUCCUCGCCUAUUCCGCCACUGUUCCGGUGCAGAGCGUCUGGGGUCCUCUUGGCCCGGGUGUAGGGCGGGGGGGAAGCGGGCCCACUGCUCGUGCUGGUAGGGGUGGUGGGGUUGGGGGUAUGUCUGGGGCUGAGAUCUCCAGUGCUCCCCCUGCCACGCAGUACAAGUGGAAGGCGGAAUUCGCGCCCAUGCCCGCGGCUGAAGGGAUGUUUCUCGAGUGGAUGGCGGAGCCACGUGUCGGCCUGCUAUUGGACUUGGAGGUGGUCAGGUCCCAGCUGGCAGAUAUGAUGGGGAUUUGCGACCUCGCAGCGGCAAGUGGCGGAGCUACAAGCAUUGGUGCGACAACCUCUCGUGCUACAGCCGUGGGUGCUACAGCUGCUGCUGGUGCGGCCACCUCUCGUGCUUCAAUUGCUGGUGCUACAACCUCUCGCGCUACAACCUCUCGGGCUACAACCUCUCGCGCUACAGCCUCUCCCAAGCCCGUCUGGUGGUGCUGCUGGCAGUGCAGCGCGUGCUGGACCGCCUACCGCCACUGCCUCGCCGUGGCUACCUUCCUCGUGCUUGUAGCGAGGCUCCCCCGCAUAGUCACGCUCUGGCGGGUGCACAUGAAAGCCUGCUACGACGUGUUUCCCGCGCUGGCGAUGUGCUUCAAUGCGGGGAGGCAGAUAGGGGGGCUGGGGGGCAGGCAGGCGGAGAGGCGGGCAAGCAGGCAGGCGGGGAAGCAGGCGGGGAGGCAGGGAGGUGGGGAGGAGGAGAAGGAUUGCUUUGGGUCGAUUCUGCUGCAGGUGCUGGGGGUGAAAGGGAAGGCGGAGCUGGAGUCGGGGUUCGCUGCUCACGUGCUGCCGCUGCUGCCGGGGGGGAGACGAGCGCACGGGGGGAUGAGAGGACGAGGAGGGGGAGGGGGAGGGGGAGGGGGGAUUGGUCUGUGGGAGAGGGAAGGGGGAGAGGAGUGGAGGGAGGGGUUGAGGGGUUUGGAGUGGGAGGAGUAUGUGGAGCGCAUAGGGGAAAUUAUCUCCCGAGGAGGGCUGGAGGCUGAACCGUACAGCUGCAGCCACUGCAGCGCAAACGAGGGCGCAAGGGGGAGAGGGGACGGGUGUAGGAGGCAUCACGGCAGCAGCACUACCUGGAGCAGUGGCAUGGUCGUUACGGGAGUUGACCCCACAGAUUUUGCUCUCCGGGCCACUCUGCAACUGUGUGUGCCACGCGCUGCUGUGUUCGGCGCACAGGCGUUUACCGAGUCGUGCAAUAACAGGUACAAGGACAUGGUGGAGGAUGCUGCUGUGGAGGCAGCACGGCAGAGACUGGCAGAGCGGGAGGGAGGUGGAGGGGGAGGGAGGGAUGGAGGUGGGGAGGAGCAAGUGAAGGAAUCACAAGAAGUGUCGGCAGCAGCAGCAGGAGGAGCUGCUAGCGCUUCAAGCAGUGCUGCAGCUAUGAACAAUGCUCGCCUCGUGCCGGUGAACAGUAACCCAGUCGUGGCACUGUUCACCUACCGGGCGGCCUGCAUCCUCCAAUGGGUGCGAGUCUACGGCCCCCGGGUCAACCCCCCCAGCUACUGCACCCGCAACAACCCGGAAAGGCCAGCCCCGGCCCUCCCGCACCCAGUGCACGACCUCCCAAGCCUGCUGGUCAGAUUCGGCGCCACCCCCAAGCCUAUGGGCGUGCCAGGUUCGGAAGGCUCCGGCCUGCAGGAAUCUGGCCUGGUUUCGGGGUGGGAGGAAUUUCCAGCGGGGGACAGGGAAGCACUGGCGGCUCAUGAGAAGGCGCACGGGGCACAGGGGGGGUUCCUGGGGCUGAACUCGUUCUGCACGGGGAGCUUCCAUGACGGCGUGUUUGACCGCAGGGAGAUGCUCGUCGAGUGGAACCUUGGGCUUCAGACUGGGAGUGCCCCCUCCGAGGGGCUGCAGCAGAGUGGGAGCGCCACUGGCCCCCUUGAGGAGUACAGACACGCGAACGCUCUAAGUGGCCGCAACACAGGCAGUCCCGCGUUUGCGACCGUGGCGGACCGGGUUGAGGAGUUUCUCAGAAGGUUCUCCCCGAAGCGGCAGGCAAAGGAGGGGCGGGGCGGGCCACUGGCGCGUGCAAUCACAGACUGGGUCGCUCGCCUGAACCUGGGCGAUAAAAGCUGGACAGCUGUCGCGCUGGGGGGAUUCUCGCCCGCCAAGUUAAAGCCCAUGCUGCGAUCCUCGAAGGAGGUGGAUGCUUUCCUUGAGUUCCUGGCUGCCAUGACAGACCUCACGAUCCUCACCCCCGCCUGCAACUGCUGCCAGAUGUGCUUCAACAUGCUCUAUAAGGCCGUCACCCCCGCCUCCCUCGUGGCGUCCUUCGCCUACCGGCCGUCUUCUGUGCUGCUCCGCUGCAUCCUCUCACUCUACUGCCCGCGCUCCACUCAGGUGAAAGACCUCCUGAACUCUCUGGCCAUCCCCCCCCUGCCAGACCUGGUGCCAGACAGGCUCGCGGCCCCCCUGCUGGAAGGGGUGUUGGAGCAGAAGCGGCUGCACUUCCUCUACACUGCAUCCGUGCUGCUGUCCCGAGAGGGCGGGGUGAACGAUGUCAUGGAGCUGAAGCGGGGAGACGGGGCGGUGAGGACCGGGGAGGAGGUGCAGCAGGGGGAGUGGUGGAUGUGGGAGGAGGUGGACACGUGGAGGAAUGCAGUGCUGAGAGCGUGGCCGGUGAUGGAGAUGAUGCAUGAGGCGGUGCAUAGCUGGGCGGCUACUGGGGCGGAGGAGCGGGUGCGGGAUUGCUGUGCGGAAAUGAGGCGGAAGGCGAGGGACUGUGGGGAGAUUACGAGGAGGGAGGAGAGGGCGCUGGUGGAUAAGAUGGUCGCUGCUGCUGGUGCUGCUGCUGGUGCUGAUGGUGCUGGGACUGCUGGUGUUGCUGCUGCUGCUGCUCCUGGUGUUGGUGUUGGUGGGGAAGGGGUGAAGAUCGCACCGGCGUACCUGGUGCCCUGGGUGGGUGGGGUGAACCCUUUUGCGUGUCUGAGGGAGAUGCUGCUGGGGGAGACGUGCUACUGGGAGCUCUCAGAGGGGGGGAGGCGUGUGGGGGCAACACCUGGGGCAGGCUCGUCUGCUGCUGCUUCGGAUGUGAGAGGAGGAGCGGCAGCGGCAGCAGGAGGAGGAGCAGCAGCGGCGGCAGCAGGGGGGGCUCGAUGCUGUGCGUUCCCGGGGUGUGGGAGGGCGGGGAGGGCAGGGAGAGCGCCCCUGAAGGCAUGCUCGCGGUGCGGCCAGGCGGCCUACUGCGACCGGGACUGCCAAAGAGCCCACUGGGCCGCACACAAGCUCCAGUGUCAGCCUAGGAGGUAGCAAAGGGGAAGGGAGAGGCUGCUGUUGCUGCUGCUGCUGAAGGGAGAGGGCAGCAGCUGGAGCACAAUGCUAUGCGUUUUCGGGGUGUGGCAAGGCGGGGAGGGCGGGGAUAGUGCUGCUGAAAGCAUGCUUGCGGUGUGGCCAGGCUGUCUACUACGACAGGGACUGCCAGAGGGCGCACUGGGCCGUGCACAAGCUCCAGUGUCAGCCUAGGUGAUAGCCAAGGGGAAGUGGAAAGGGGCGGGUGAAGGAAUAGGUAAAAGGGGCGGUUUCGAAGGGCUGGGCAGCUCUUGAGGCGGACGAACGUUUGGGAGCGUGCCCAGAGGCGGGGCAGGCUCAUGUCAUACGGCUACAGGAGGAGCGAUGCUGCCUACUGCACAAGGAAGUGCAACAAGGGUUUAGGGUGCGGCAAGACUCACGCUAUAUUUUCUCCCCGUCUCCAUGUUUACUGUAGGGGUCGAGCUGAGUGUCGAGUCAUACUGACAUUGAUUGACAUGUCAGUCAAAACGUGUUUGCUUGGCUUUCUGUUUUUGCUACUGUUG